AUGACCACAACAGCCACCAGCAACCCCAACCCCUGCCCCUGCCCCUGCCCAUGCCCCUGCCCACCCCAAAUCAAACACCUCUCCUCCACCCUCCCUAUAGAAGGCCCCUUUGACUUCAGCUUCCUCACCACCAUCACCCAGCCCCUCGCCGAUCUCUGCAAAUCAAUCGAGGGCUGUAGAAACCCCUGCCACAGCUACAGCCACCUGAAUGCCCCGCUCGUGGAUCUCUCCGACGCGGUGCUCGCCCUCUGCCACGCAGCCUGCACAGCGUACGGCCUCCUCGACGAUGAGCUCGGUUCCGGUUCCGGUUCCACCGCUACCGCUACCGCUACUGGUAAUGGCACCGCUACUGCCACGCCUACUGCCAAUGCAGGCUCCUCGUUGACAUGUACCAAAUCCCCCAUGGCGCUGGGUAAACUCACCCUGCAGGCCGAGGAGGAGACCCUCCUCGUGCGACAGGUUGUCUACGCCGUGCUCACGAACUUGAGUGUCCUCUUGCGCGAUGUGUAUGUCCGUGCCAAGGAGGCGGCCGGGGGCAGUCCGGCGCCUGGUGCCGCAUCCGGGGUCGGCGGGGUGGACUUUGGCUUGGGGAUGGCUUCCGGGAUGAGGCCGGGGCUGUACGGUCGGGAGGGGGACGGGCCUGUCAGUCGGUGUUUGUCGAGGGUGUUGGCGCUGCUGGGGAGAUUGUUUUCUGAGUGA